AUGGCUCGAGAGUUCGAGAUGACAGAUAUUAGUAUCAUGGCUUAUUAUCUUGGCAUUGAGGUCAAGCAAAUGAAGGAUGGAAUUUUCAUUCACCAAGAAGGCUAUGCUAAGGAAAUUCUCAAGAAAUUCAAGAUGGAAGAUUGUAAAUUGGUGAACACGCCCAUGGAAGUUGGAAUUAAAUUGUCAAGAGAUGAAGAUAGAGAGACGGUGGAUCCAAUAUUUUUCAAAAGUCUUGUUAGAAGCUUGAGAUACUUAACAUGCACAAGGCCAGACAUAUUAUUUGCGCUUGUGGGUUAUUCUGAUAGUGAUUGGGCCGGAGAUUUGGAUGAUAGAAAAAGCACUUCUGACUAUUGUUUUUUCAUGGGAAAUGUUGCUUUUACAUGGUGUUCAAAGAAGCAACCCAUUGUCACCCUCUCAACUUGUGAAGCAGAAUAUGUUGCAUCCACUUCAUGUGUUUGUCAAGCAAUUUGGUUGAGGAAUUUGUUGAAGGAAUUACACAUGCUAUAA